GGACCUCCACAGACUCCACUUCCAUCCCAAACCCCCCCUCUCUUAUCUCUCUCUCUACCCUUCUUCCUUCUGUUUUCCGAUUUUCCGGUACCGGAAUAUCCGUUGGAGCUACUUGCCUCCUUUCUUACACUUAUCAAUUCUUUUUUGCCUCCCUUUUGGAAUUCUCAUAUAUUUCAAAACCUGAGUUUUGUCAAGAAAUUUUUCCUUUUCUUUUUUCUUUAUUUUAGUGAGAUGUGUGCAACUUCACAGCGGUGAUUAUCCGAGAUUAUGAAGUUUUGAGGUUUCAAUUUUUUAUUUCUGAAAUGGCGGACUCAGAUAAUGAGUCUGGAGGGCACCGGGAGCACAAUUCGUACCACGAAUUGUCCCCUCGGGAGCAGGACAGGUUCCUGCCGAUCGCGAACGUGAGCAGAAUCAUGAAGAAGGCGCUGCCGGCAAACGCCAAAAUAUCCAAGGACGCGAAAGAGACGGUUCAGGAAUGCGUGUCGGAGUUCAUCAGUUUCAUCACCGGCGAGGCCUCCGACAAGUGCCAGCGCGAGAAGAGGAAAACGAUCAACGGCGACGAUCUGCUGUGGGCGAUGACCACUCUAGGGUUCGAGGACUACGUGGAGCCGCUAAAGGUAUACUUGCAGAGGUUCCGGGAUCUGGAGGGGGAGAAGACCGCCAUGGCCGGGAGAGGGGAGAAGGAGAGCGGUGGAAAUGGCGCCGGGGUUGUGAGUAUGGGCAGCGGCGGCGGAGGUGGAUACGAGGGGAUGUACGGUAUGAACGUGAUGAGUCAUCAAGGAGGAGGAGCUGUUUACGGGUACGGGCAGGUGGCAGGCGGUGGGAAGCUCGGGUCGGGUUACCAUAUAGGAUCCGGGUCCGGUGGUGGCGGCGGCGGCAGCAGGCCGAGGUAGCUUGAGUUGACUUGAUUAAUUAGAUACAUAUAUUCAAAAUGUACUAUAUACUAAUAUAAAAUUAUGUUUAUAUCUUUUUGUAUUGCAUUUUGUAUGUAUAUGAGAAUGGGUUUCAUUUUGUGAAUGACAUUAGGUAUUUCUUCUUCC